GCGGAAUGUUCGUAGUGGAGUAGCUGCUGCUGCUGCUGCUCUGCUGCUGCUACUGUUGUCUGCUAUAAAAGCUUGUGAAAGUAAACAAACAUGGCGGGAAGUUAGUGAUGGUGCGCGAAACGGGAGUAAUGACAGAGCAGUCGGCUGCAGAGGAAGGAGGGGCAGUGAGUGCAGCAGGGGAGGAAGCGAUCCGCUCCCUCCUGGCAUCAUGCAGGGAGUCCAUGAAGGGCGAGCCGGGGCGGACCACGGCGGGAGUCAUUCCCCUGGACCCCCUUGCCGUCGAGACGCAAAUCAUCACCCAUCAGCAUCCAGCUCUUAGCAUAUCUGUGAAGCUCUCCAACAUGGCAUUAACGGGGCUGUCUGAGUUUGUCAUUGAAGAGGUGAAAGUGAAUGUACAGCUCUUGACCAUAACUGUGAGCCUGGCAUAUGACACGCUUCUACUCGAUGGGGAGUACGAGCUCCAGGGGAAGUUGGUCAAAGUCAUCCCUAUCUCGGCCAGAGGGCCAUUCACGGUCACAACCAACAAUGCAAAGGUCACACUUCGAGCCAAGUUAAAGGAAUGCCGCGGACGACUAGAAGUAAGGGAUCUGACAAGCGACCUGGUUUUGGAAGGUGUGAGAUGUCGUCUUGCGCAGAUGACAGGUGGUGCCUUGGUUAGUAAGGUUUUGAACUCAUUACUAACAGAUUUACUCAGACGGGAGAGGCCUCGCUUGGCACACGAACUAAGUGCAGCACUCAAAACCUUGCUGAACAAUGAGCUCAAAAACUUCAACCUUGGUGUAUCCCUCCAACUUCUGCAAACUAGCGACAGACUCAUGCGUAGAGGGUCACUUUACUAACCUUUGCUUGUGUGCACACCAAAAAAAAUAAUGUAAGAUAAAAAAAAAAAAAACAUUUAUUUUAAAGCAUUCAUGAGAUAAGUUAGAAAGGUGUUUUUACCUCUACAAAGUAUUUUUCUGGCAAAGGUAAUUUUCAAGUAAACAUUCUAAUACAUUCUUAAGUAGAGGGAGAAAAUAUCAUAGCAAUUAAAAUGAUAUUGUCUUAUAUUUGAGUCUAAAGAUAUAUUGCCAAUGUGUAUCUAUAUGGUACAAAUCUCUUUGCUUGAUAAAGUAUUUAUAAGCUCAGGUUUUGAUUGUUAGAACAUUGUGUACAUUUAAAGAAGAAGAUUAUUUGACUGACUGAGUGAAAUUAUUGCAUGUUGAAAAAAAAACAACUAAAAAAGCAUAGUUUAGACUUUAGCAAAAUGUUGAAGAGUGGAACCUAUUUCUAAAAUAACCACUAGUAGUGUUGAUCCCUAGAAAAAAAACUUUAAGAUGUGAAAAUCAUUGUGCCAAUUUCUAUAAUCAGCUCUCAAGCUGUUUAUGAGGCACUACAACAGCUCUACCAUUGUCUUAAAUAUACUAGCUAAAAACAAAGUGAAAGAGCUGUUGCACUUUCAAUCCCCAUAUCUGUUGCUACCAGAGCUCAAAGGCAAGUAUUUGAAAAAGAGAAUCUGUCCUUGAUUUUAUUUACCAUAUUUCAAAGCUUUACUACUAUUAUGAAGGUCAGAGCAAUUAGACUGUUCAAAUUGUAUGUUAUCUCGAUACAGUGAAGAAUGGAUACUUUGUUGGUUUGGCUGUAUGGCAUUUUACCAAAGAUUUGUUUUAAAUAAUCCUUAACUUUGAUGUGAUAUGGGAAAUACUUUUUAAUACAGAUUUAAGUGAGUCAAUGUAAUUUAUGUGAGAACUGUAUCUGCAUGGUAAAGUAUGAUUAAGUGGUUAUAAUUUUAUGUAUCCAAGAAAUAAUACUUUAUCUCUAUUUCAUGUAUUUUAUGGAGUAGUUUUAUUAAGUUUUGACCUUUAUUGGGGGGAGAAUUCCUAUUAUUUUAUCUCAAUGUUUUUUUUUUCUGGGGGGGGGGGUUAUGUAGAGAUAACAAAGAUCAAUGAUUUGAGAACUUUUCUUUACUUAGGGAAUAAACAUAGAAUGCCAAAAGGUUCGUUUUGAACACACUUGCUAUAUGAAUACAAUUUCUCUGCUUUUCCUUUUCCUUUUACUUCAUUAUACACUAAAGUAUGAAUUAGGAAGGACAAAGGAAAGUAUGAUUCACUAAGAAGGAAUGGUUUGAGUGUAUCAGUGAGAUUAGUGUUUUAACUGAAUGUUUUAGAGAUUUUAGAUGUAAUGUGCAUUGUCAGAUGGAGAAACUGUAUGACCCAUUUUGGGGAAAUAAAAUUUGGAAGCAAUGCAACCAGCGCCACCAAACAUGACAGGGUAAGGUAGCGAUCCUGACAAUCUCUUGACUUCACUAGUGUUAUGGUGAUUAUGAUAUUCCUGUUUCCUGUCUUAAUAUCAAUAAUGUUUUAUACAUAUUAUCAUGGUGGAACUGCAUCCAGAUAGGAGGUCUUUCAUAUUUUCAAAUAUCUGCAUGCGUUUGUUGGGCAGUAAAGGGAUGCUUUGGAUGUGAUGAUGUCACUUUAUCCAAAUGGAAAUUCAUAUCACAGAUGUACCACUUCUGUUAUCUGUAUGUGGAAGUGCAUGUCCAUAUAUGUACAAGAUUAGUGUGUGUGAAGGACCAUUUUAUUUAUUGCAGUGGUUAUUGUUCAUGGUAUUUCUGUAUUAUCAGCAUUAAAGCAUACAUGAAAUCAGUGCUAGUUAUCUGACUUGGAUCUGAUGGAGGUUUUAUACUUCAAACCAUUUAAAUUUCCAUUGAUAUUGGAACAUAUCAGUUUGUUGCCCUGGGAAUUACAUUGAUAUGGAAGUCACUAUAGAUGUUUAAUAUGAUAAUGUGAAUGUAAAUCAAAUAUUUGUAAAGAAAUGAUGCAUUUGUCAGAUACACUGAUUAAUAUUAUUCCCUUUUUUCAAGGAAGACACUGUUGAUUUUGUUACUGUUGGUCUACAAAUAGGAUGUAGGGAGGGGAAACAUGAUGUGUUGAACAGUUAUCAUUUCUGUGGAAUUAAUAUUAUUUUAAAAUGCCACAGCAGACUAUAACUUGACCAAUUUGAUACUCAUAUGUGGGUCUGGCAAAGAUCUCUUCAAAAUGACUUUUGUUAUUGGAUGUAUCAGUAUAAAGGUAUUUAUAAUGUUGAGUCUAUAUGGCCAUGUAUUGUAAAAUGUGCAACCCCUUGACCCUAAGUUCUUUUUUCAUGUACAUACAUACAUAGACAUUCAUGCUGGAAUACUGGAGAUGGUAAUAAGCUGUUAUUUGUGAUAUGAUUUUUAAAUGCUUGAGACUAGUCAGAGUUCACAUGCUUUUACAGUGCAAAUAAAGGUGUUUGAAUGCAUUUACCAAAGUGGUGACUCUUAAUAUUAUACUUGUUUUACCAUUCAAGUGCUAAGUUUACAUAUCAUGGGUUAAGGGGAUGUACUGUGCUGCAAAGAUGUAUUGUUGAAUAGUGUGGAUAUAUUUCCUCUUAUGUUUCUGCUUGUUCACAUUGUCGUAAGGACAUGUGAAGAAUCAAAAGAUAUUCCAUAAUGGUAAUCCUGCACCAAUAUGCAGUUUGAGGUUAUUAUUCUGCAACACCAAUUUUUUCCAAGAGAAAUUAGUGGUGACAUAUAUAUAAAACACUUGGCCUAGAUUGCAUAUGCCACAUUUUUUGUGGUACCAUUUCUGAUAUUUCUGUCUUGGACUUACAUAUCUGUGUCUCUCUCUCUCUUUGUGCCUUCAAAUUGACCAUUUUGCACUAGAAUUUUCUAGUCCUUUGUGCUUGGGCCACUUUGAAAUAUGUAGAACAUAUCUCUGCUCAUCCUGUCCCUUUCUGGGCCUCUCGGGUCUCUUUGGCUUGUCUCUAGGCUCCUCCUCAUUUCAUCUCAUCCUCACUUCUCUCAUCUCAUUAUUUUAUAUUCUCUCUCUCUCUCUCUCUCUCUCUC